AAGUGCUUUCUGUGGAUAUUAAAUUUAAUAAUAAUUAUGUCUAACAAAGGCGACAAUUUGGUAAUUGUCCAGGAGAAUUCAGAAGAUCAGGAAGUCGGCUUGGACGAUGAAAUGCUUGUACAAUACUUAGAGAAGAAUCUGGCCAAAGUGGUCGCCGAUACUGCACAGAAGGCAGCGGAGCUAGAGAGGCUCCAGGAGCUGAAGAAGCAGCUACUGGACCAUAAGUACAGCUGCCUUGCGGCUGCCAGCAAGGAGCCCUUUCCCGUGGGCAUGAAUCUGAUGCCUCGCCUCAAACAGGUUAACUCAAAGACCGAGGAAUUAGUGGCACAACUCACAGGGUUGAUCGAAGCAAAGGCAAACGUGGACAAGGCCUAUGACCUACACUGCAAGGAGGCCAAGAGUGUCACAGAAAAUCAACUGAAGAGUCGAUACGAUCAGUACACCACGAUGUCCAACGAAGAACUAGAAAAAAUACUCGAUGAAAUGAAGAAUUCUUUGAAGGAGAUACUGGGCAAGGCGGCUGCCAAAAAGGCAGAGCUGGUCACCAAGAAAAAGGAGUAUCAUGCCAAGCACUUGGCCAUGAUGCAGGAGAUCGAAACGUUGAGUCAGAUCGAGCAGGAUGCCGUUGAACGCCUCGAACAAUUGAGGCUGGAGGAAGCUCUAAGCUGCUUGGAGCCUUCCGAUUAGAAGCUUAUUCGACUCUUUUGAGGCAUUUCCCCGCAUAAAUAACCAAAUUUUAGCACUGUAAGUAUUGUAUCCUGGCAUAAGAACCAUGGAAAGCGAAAAGUUACACCCAGUUUUUAUGUUUAAAUUAAAAUAUUUAACGAAAUGUUGAAAUGAACUAAAGAAA